UCGUGUACGUCAGUUUGUCAUGUUUUGAUUUCGUUUCUGCAAUUUGAGAAAAAUAUUCGUAAAUCAUUUGACAAUGGUUUACUAUUAUACAUCAGGCAAUGUAAGAAUGUUGAGAAAUAUUAUAAUAGAUUAUGUAGCAUCUUGUGAAGUUUCUCCAUAUGAAUACAUGAAGACAUAUAUUGAGAAAUGUCCAGAACAUACAGAAGAUGCUAAACUGUCAUGGAUUACUGAAUCUUUCCUUGGAUUACAAAAGUAUAACCUGUUUUUAAAAGAAAUUGCUUCUUACAUUUCUGAAGAGUUGUCAGAUGAAUACCAGGAUUAUUUUACGAUUAUUCUUCACGCUGUUAUUUUCCAGAUUACGCCUAAACAUAUGAGUUAUAUAUACAAAUGCUUAUUCAAUUUAAGUAAACAAUUACUGUACACGUUUACGAAUUUUUUUAGUAAUAAUGAAGUUCUACCUUUUAUAUCCCAAAUAGCUCAAGGUACAUACGAUACUAAUUUCAUUACCGAUAAAAUUAUAAAUCCCCUUUUUGCUUGGCAACCAUACAUAAGUGAAAUGGCUAAUAGUUAUGCUGAAUAUGUAAAAAAGUUAGAAAGCAGGAAAGUAAAGCCACCUACUAUACCAGUGCAACUGAAUGUAUUAAAAAGGAAUUGCAAAGAUCUUAUAUCUGCAGUUGAGCAAACUUCUCUACCUGCAACUCCCCCAAAUUCUUUGCGUGUUAAAAAUAAAAAAAUGCUUACUAAAAGCGUCAUUGACCAACGACUAAAAUAUAUUCAUGAAAAAAAUCAGCAGAAAGCUUCACAUUUGUUAAACGAUAUCAAGAAUAAAAAUUUUCAUUAUGCACAAAUAAAAUCGAAUAAAUACUAUAAAAGGCUUGAUAGUAUGAAAGACGAAAUUGAAAAUGAAAUUACUAAAACAUUUCCAAAACCGAAUAAAAAAUAUGUUUCACGAGAACCUCAACCUCCGGUAAAAGAAACAGUAGCGACACUAAAAAAAAUGAACAAACAAAUACAACUUGCAGAAGAAGAAGAAAUUGAAUGGCUUCAGACAUUAAUGAAUACUUGUAGAAAUACAGUAAAAAUAGAAGAAUUGGAAGAACAUGAUCGACAAGAGAGGGAAAGAUUAAGACUUCUUGAUAUAGAAAGAAAACAUUUAUUGGGUCAAAUCUCAUAUGAAGAAGCUUUAAUUGCCAAAAAUAAAUUGCGAGAUGAAAAUAAAAAAAAAUAUGCUAAGUUUCUCAAAGAAAAACAAAUGUGGAAUGAAGAAAUUGAGAAGUGGAAGAAACUUGAGAUAACUAAAAAUCGUAAGCAAGUAGAAAAGCUUUCCAUGAUUGAACUUAAUCUAUUACAAGCAAAAAAUUGCGUUUUAGCUAAAAAAAAAGAAACCGCUAAUCAAUUAAAAAAAGAAUCAGAAGCAAUGCUUUCAAAAGCUAUGAAAGAGAAACAAGAAGAGUUAGAACAAAAAGUUAAUAUGAUAAAACAGAUAAAGAUAUUAGCAAUGAUUGCCAGGAAAGCUAAAGUUCCUAGAAUGAUUGACUUGACAGAAACAUCGGGAUUGGGUUUAUUAUGUGAAAUGUCAUUGGCAGAAUUACAAGAAAGAUUAAGUGUAUUUAAAAUUAGAUUACAUGAAGAAAUAGAAAGAAAAAAGAAAAUCAUUAAGGAAGAAAAGUUAUACGCAAAACAACAGUUAGAAGAUGUCAAAAAUAAUAUAAAAGGUUUUAUGUAUCAGCGUUCAGUAUCAAGAAAACAAAAUCAAAGUUCAAAAGUAACAUUGAGACCAUCAUCUUCUAAAGAAAUAAGUGAUUUAAAAAGGAUUUUGGAACAAAAACGUAAUUUACGGAUUAUGUUAACAAACGGAAAUAAACAUUAAAGAUCUAUUCAAUUCGAAUUCUUUGAGUUAUAAGUAUCUUACGUAUUUAACUUUAUUCAUAUAGAAAAGUAUUUUAUAAUCUCAUAUUAGAAAUUAGUUACCCUAAAUUUCUACCAUUCCUUUUAAAGUAAAGUUCUAUUGCACAAGUGGAGCA